AUGUGGAGCCGCAACAGCUUUGCCGCGUCGCUCCUGGUCUUCGUUCUGGCGGUGUCGGCGUUCCCAUGGAUCGUCAGUUCGCAGCAGAGGAAGCAGACGACGAACAACCGGAGAAACAUUCCCCUGAGAUCUAUGGUCGGCAUGACGCUUGUCCCCGGCGCGGCAACCAGAGAAGCAGGUACGUCCGAGGCACAAGGGUCUAUCUCCCGGUCUCUUCCCUCCCUCUGUAGUCUCGCCUACGUUCUUCUUCUAUACUCCCACAUCUACCCACGUUCGAGCAGUGUGGCGAACGGGAUCUUAAUACGUUAUUAAGAAUAUUGUAAGCCGUCGUCUAUAUAGAAUACAAUAAAGACUGUGGCGAUCUUGAGCAGUGUGCUUGGACGGGAGCUCACCGGCGUAUCACCUCGACAGGGGCUCCGGCGGUGGCGCCGCCAACUGGCUUCUCCAGUUUGAGGUAACUUUCUGCUCACGCUGCGACGCAUUCGAGGAAGAUUUUCUCGGGGAGGAAGGGGUGAUGGUCGUCCACUCCAGAUCGUUGGGAGGGGCGGGGGCGUGGUAUUGUCUCCUCCCCGCCAGAAGCUGCCAACUCGGUUGGUCAGAUGGCGACGUCAGUUGCGGUGUCCACGUAGGCCCUGGGGGUGAAUAUUCGUAUGUGGUGUUAUUUUCGUAAAUAGUUGUUUUCUCGUAAAAACGGCAAAAAGGCUCAUACGGAUCCGAGGCUCUGCGUAUAACGGACCAUUGACAGCCACCUCGGCGCUCUAUGCAGGGAGGAGGAUGGUGCAACAGUGUGGCCUCCUGCUUGGCCAGAUCGACAACCAGGCGGGGCUCGACGCGCUACAUGAACAAGCUCGAGGUCUUCUCCGGAAUACUCAGCAGCGAUGAGUCGGAAAAUCCUGGUACGUGAACACUGUCUUUUACCGAGGUCCUCCAAAAUUCGGGUUUUAUUGGACAUGAGUGAGCGGCUUUUGGUGGCCCGCGGGGAUCAUGCUGCUGCUUAUGGUCGACAGAUUUCUACAACUGGAACCGUGUCAAGAUUCGGUACUGCGAUGGAGCAUCCUUCGGGGGAGAUUCCGUCUACCGCAACGGUGUAAGUCCCAUCUACCUUGUUCGCAAGCUUCGUAUGCUGAAUACAGUUUAAAACUUUCGAAUCGAGGGACUUGCCACAGAGUUCCUCAGCCCGUGUGCGUUUCUUCGGUUGUGGCUCCAUUAUUUAUGUCUCUGGUUCGUCCUAACGAGUAUCUCUCUUGUACUCAUGAUUCUCCAGACGACGGUGCUACAUUUUAGAGGCCAAAGGAUCUGGGAAGCCAUCAUCGCAGACCUCCUCCCAAAGGGAUUGGGCCUCGCGGAGAAGGUGAUGCUUCUCUUGCUCCACUAUCCAACAACGGGGUCUUGCGGCCUCGUUUGGUCCAGGACAGCAUUCCAUUUCUGAAGCCGUCUCGAGCUAUUUGCAUCCAGACGUCUGCGUCAACACGUUGUCCUUUAUUUUCUUCCACGAGUUGACUUUUAGUAUCUUCCCUCUUUUCAGGCAUUGCUUUCGGGCUGCUCUGCGGGGGGUUUGGCAACAUUCCUCCACUGUGAUGAAUUCGAGAGGCUCCUCCCAGAAUCAGCCACUGUAAAGUGCUUGAGUGACGCGGGUUUCUUCCUCGAUGCGUGAGUUUUAACGGUGUGAUUGUACAUUUUCCUACUUUGACGCAUACCUCACUCUCUAGCGACUUCCCACAGGACAGAUGUAACCGGCAGUAACACCAUGAGGACGUUUUUCAACGGCGUCGUUGCCCUUCAGGUCAGCUCCACGGUAUCUAAUACUCGUACAGACUAGUUCCCCGAAAAUUUCGGCAACUAUGCCGCAUGAAUGACCCAGACAGCCUGAAAGCAAGGUUUCUCUAGUUGAAGGAAGUCUGCGAGAGGAAAGCAAUAAAAUUAGUACUUUUUAUUAAAAAAAAUUAAUAUGCCCGUUUAGUUUAUUCAAUGCUUAUUACCUGUGCACGAUUUACAUUCUGUCACCAGGGUGUGCAACGGAACCUUAAUACAAGGUGCACCAGAGCUCACUCCGACCCUCGUCAGGUUUAUUUCUCCUUCAAAGCUAUCAAACUAGGAGAUCUUUCAGCCAAGAUAUCAGUUACCCUGAUUCGAUGUUUCCUCACAUUCGCAGUGCUUCUUCCCCCAAUAUGCAUUGCCAUUCAUUCGGACGCCUUUUUUUAUCUUGAACUCGGCAUAUGAUGUAUACCAGGUAAUACAUGCUUAUAGGCACAAAGCCCUCCCUUGACAGCUACUUAUUUCGGAGACUUACUAAUCUAAGAAGCAUCAUUCCGUUGACCAGUUUAAUCACAUUUUCGUGCCACCCUCUGCUGAUCCGAACGAGCAUUGGACUCGCUGCAAGCUCGACACAACAGCAUGCACAUCAGACCAGAUCUCCGUCCUGCAAGGUUCAAAUUCUCUGAAGUUCAAUCUUUCAACGUAUAGACCAUCACAAGGAUGCGAUUCGAACUUUAUGAAAUAUAAGCUGGCUCAGCAGCUGCUUCUCCUUACCAACAGGCUACAGACACCAGAUGCUCGCAGCACUCUCGGCCUCGUCCUCCAGAGACAUGCGAAGAGGAUCGUUCAUCGAUUCCUGCUUCGCCCAUUGCCAGAGUGAGUUGCAAGUAGCCUGGUUCACACCAUACUCGCCAAGAAUCCACAACAAGGUACUCCGGCCACAGAUCUCCGAAAUUGCCGAUCCCGCAGCACUAAUUUAUCGUUUUAUUUCUACAAACACGAAGAAAAACUAUAUAUACCUUUCUCUCAAAAAAUAAAAUAAUUGAUGAAUUUAUUGAACGGCAUCUCUAAUACCGGUGUUUGUCAUUUGCCUCAGACAAUUGCAGGCGCUGUUGGCGAUUGGUACUUUGACAGAGGAGACACAAGUUCGAUCGACGUCCCGUAUCCAUGCGAUCAGACCUGCCACAAGCCUCAGGCAAUCAUCGCAUAUACACAGCAGUCACAUAUAAUGUUAAUCUUCACAUUCCUUGAUGAUCAUUGCGUGUGUGUGAUUGGUUGGCCUCAGGAACUGGCGUGA